AUGUCAACGACGACCGGGCCUUCUAGCACACAAUUGCCCACACUACCGCGUCCAUACAGCUACAUAGAGACAUCUGCAUCACACAAAGCGGACUCUUCUCAUGCUACCGCCCGUAAUACUGUCACAGGGGAGAUUCUACUCUGCCAAUUUUCCCGAGGCCCUCAGCUGGAUGAGGCAGGUCGUUGGCUUUUACAACUUGAUGCGCAGUACAUUUGUAUGCUGCAGCAUGCCAAUCUUCUGUCCUAUCGCUCCAUAUACUACGAUCCUCCUUUGAGCACUUUGACCAUUUUGACAGAGAUCCCUGGCCAAAGCCUGUUAUCUUUUUGCACUGAGCAUUAUGCUACCGCGGGGAUCCUUCCGCCCGAGUGUAUCCUGUGGCGCAUCAUAGCCCAGACCCUUUCGGUCUACCAUUACUUGCAGACCCAAGAGCUCUCCCUCUGCGCCUCUGAGGCCGCCCAAUACCAUUAUUAUAUUAUUCCAACUAUGACAAACACAUAUGUGUCUGACAGCUCGUCAUCUUUUUCUAUCAAAUUGUCAUUCGUGGGCGCGACUCACAGUGGGCUAGACUAUAGCAUUACUCAACCGGAGGACCUAUUGUUCAGGCAGUACAGGCUGGCUGAUGCCGAAAGCUUCUCUUUCACCCGCAGGACGAACGUGAUUCUUAGCUUAAAGGCAUUGGGCCUGCUUCUAUAUAAUUUCAUCUCGUUUGGAGCUUCCCACCAACUAUCUACAGACCCUCUGUCUCAAGAGAAGAUAGAGGACAUAUUAGACUCUGAACAAUUUAGAAGCUACUCCCCGGAGUUCCGCAAGAUUUUUUCACUCUUUGUGUCUCCAGGAAUAUACAUUCAGGAGAAUGCUAUAGAUAUCACCCAUAGUGACAUAGAUCUUCUUUCAUUUUUAUCUCAUCCUAUGAUUCUAUCUGCAUUAAUAAAAUUUGACAAUAUCAAUCUACAAUUAAGGUUGCAAUCCGUUAAAAAAUUAUAUUCAAAAAUUAAAGCUGGGGCCCGAAAAUGGCUGGCUAGGAAGGGCUUGCUUGUUAGGGGAGUCCUUGAAGACUCGGUGGUAGCAGGAGAGUCACGGACUAAGGGCGAUAGCAACUCAAAGCAGCGAAAGGAAAAGCACCAUAAGAUGAAGGUAAGCUUUCAUACUGACCUUUCUGUGCAGAAUUAUGACAAGAACAGUUGCAUUGACCCCAGUGUAGCGUUGGCCAUACUAGAUAAUCCUGCUCCACUCGCAACUGACUUUGCUUUGUCUGCAAACAUUACUUCAAAUGAUAACAUAACUGAGAACAGGGCACCACAACCCCUAACUUCUGAUAUGAGCUCUGCCUCAUCAGGCUAUUUUAUCAUUUCAAAGAAGUGUGACUGGAACCAUUGCAUCCGUGAGCUAAGAAAGGGGCGAAUAAGGCCAUAUAGGUAUACUCGCAUAUUUAUUAAUCAUGAGCCAAUGCUCAGUGAGUAUGACACCCUCAAUAAUAACGAUCUGAUGCCCGACACUUUAAUGGAAGAAACUAGUCUCUUUGUUAGCCCUUUGAUCCUAGCAGCUCUAGAAAACGAUGUAAAAGCAAUCUCAGAAUUUGCACCAAAAUAUGCAGGGUUGCGCUCUGAUCGGGACGGAAUGACGGCCCUCAUGUUGGCUGCCGAAGCAGGACACAUCGAGGCCACGCUUGAGUUGCGUAACUACGAGGCCUGCUUACGGAGCACUACCUUCGCCACUGCCAUGAUGCUAGCUGUUGCUGCGGACCAAACAGAAACAGCCAAGUGUCUUGUUGAAUAUGAGCACGGAUCCACUGACAAGACCUUGCAAACCGCGCUACGUAUUGCGGUUGAUCGCGAUAAUAUUGAUAUGGUGUUCCAUUUGGCUAAAUAUGAGAGCGAGAUAGGAGACCUGGACAAUUACACACCACUUAUGUGCGCCAUAGAGCAACGAAAGUAUGACAUUGCUAGGCUACUGGUUCCAUAUGCUAGUAGGUGCCAAACAACAGACAGACACAAAAAGACCGCUUUGCUCUUGGCGUUAGAGCAAGGUUACCUGGAUUUGGCAGAAUGCCUCAUACCCCUUGAGGCGUGUCUUCAGGAUGGCAAUGGAACUACUGCUCUAAUAGUCGCCAUUGAGCAAGGAUAUGUAGACAUUGCCGGUAGGCUUGUUUUGGAAGAGCAAGGACUAUGCGAUAAAAAGGGCAGAACGGCACUUAUGUACGCGGCAAAAAGAGGCUCACAUGGAUUGGUACACAAAUUAGUGGAUGCGGAAGCAAAGAGGCAAGACAUCAAAGGUUUCACAGCUCUUAUGGUGGCCGUGGCAAAAGAGCAUGUUGAGCUUGUUGACAUCCUAGCACGCCACGAGGCAGGCCUUGCCAACAAUGAAGGCCAGCGUGCUAUAGAUAUCGCUAUUCAUAAAAAUAACCAGGAGAUAAUCUCCAUUCUACUAGAGCAUGAAGGACAAUAUCUUUCUCAUGAAACUUUGCUAAAACUUCUCAAAACAUUUCAUAGUUCAGACAUCCCCAUCCUCCUUCGGCUCAGUACUCUCCUUCAGAAGCAUUCCGCCCGCUUCUCUCUCGUCUUGUACGCGUCAUCUCACAGCCUUAACGACCUAUGCAGUCACAUCCUUCACUACCCGCAGCUGGUUGCUCGUCACGACCAUCUUUAUCUUGUAACAUAUCUUCAACGUACAAACAAAGACACAGAGAAUGUCUGGAAGAGCUAUUUUAAGGCUGUGAACACAAAUCAGGCAUUCAGGAUUAAUCAUUUGAUAAUGAAUGCCCGUCUUAGGAAUAAGGAACUACACAGUUACAUAGACGAAAAGGCCAGUGGCGUCCUUCGCUUUAAGAUGUUCCUGGAAUACGUUAUUGUAGCCUCUGUGCAAAAGGAGUUCGAGCCGCUGGAGAAGUACUGCUCAAGCAUGGCAGUGUGCUCAAAGCGUAAAGGCUUUGAGCGGCAGAAGGUUCCCAUGCACGCUGUGGGAGACGUGUCCUUUAUUGAUUUGAUGGUCUCCUCAAACCCCAAUGGCAGUAUUCAGUCUCCAAUGGAAUUUCUCGCGCCUCGGCCUCCAGAACUCCGUCGUCCAGGGGAGUUUCCAGUCAAGAGCUUCUCUACUUCUCUAGCGAACAUUUUGAUAGACUUCUUAUUGGAAUAUGCAACCACCCCCGUCGAGAGUCUCCCUCAUCUCUGUGGAGUCUAUGACGCUGCAGCUAAUGACAUGGCAGUGCUUGUGGAGGAGCUGGAAGGGCACAACCUUUGCUGCUACUGUCAUGUACAGCCGAUGUCACUGAUUUACUGGCCUUGCAGGCACCUUUAUGCGUGCUGUGACUGCGCCAGAAGCAUUCAAAGACAGUGCUGCGAGAUCUGCAGAGGGAAGAUCGAGGGUGGAAUCCCACUACCGAUGCCGCACGACUAA